UUGAGCUGUUUGUUGAAAAGGUAUGACGAAAUUGUCACUGAAAGGCUAACCUUGAAGAAAGGAGAAAGAGAAAACCAUAGAGUCAAUAAAAGAAAUACUUUUUCAAAAAAAACAACCACCAAAAAAAAAAAAACAACCCCUCACUUCAAGGUGAGGAGGAGGACCCAAGAGCUUAGCUGUCAGUGGAACACGAAGUUAGUCAUCUGUCUGGGGAUAAAAGACAACCAGCAAGCAUCCAGGCUUAUUUAAAGGAUUGCAAGAUUCUGAUCUGGAAGAUAUUGCCUUUUGACAGCUAGCAGGAGUUAGGGAGUUUUCGGUCAGAGUCUCUUGGAACUAUGCUGCCUACAGCUACUUGUAGCUGUCUGGUGACCGGAGCGGGAGGAUUUCUGGGUCAGAGGAUCGUCCGCCUGUUGCUGGAAGAAGAAGGGCUGGAGGAGAUCCGGCUCUUGGACAAAGUCUUCAGCCCUCAGUUGCUAAUGGAAUUUUCAGAGCUCAAGCACAAGACCAAGGUGACUGUGCUGAAAGGAGACAUUCUAGACCAACAGUUCGUCCGCAAGGCCUGCCAGGGCAUCACCGCUGUCAUUCACACUGCAUCCAUCAUUGACACAGGACUACAGCUCAGGAAAGCAUUUGUGAUGAAUGUCAAUAUGAAAGGUACUGAGCUCCUGUUGGAAGCCUGCAUCUUGAAUAGUGUGCCUGUCUUCAUCUAUACCAGCUCUGUGGAAGUGGCUGGCCCCAACUCAUUUAGGCAAGCCAUCCAAAAUGGGCGUGAGGAUGAACUCUUUGAAAACCAAUGGAACAAUGCUUAUCCCCUUAGCAAGAUGCUAGCUGAGAAGGCUGUGUUGGCAGUAGAUGGGCAACUUCUUAGGGAUGGCUCCAUCAUGCACACCUGCUCCUUGAGACCCAUGUAUAUAUAUGGGGAGGGGAGUGAAUUUCUCCUCUAUGAACUAAACAAAGCCCUUGACAAUAAUAAGACCUUUAUAAGGAAUAGGGAGGGUUCCAUUGCCAACCAAGUCUAUGUUGGAAAUGUGGCUUGGGCACAUAUCCUGGCACUCCGAGCCCUGCGGGAUUCUGAGAAGGCCAAAAGCAUUGGGGGUCAGUUCUAUUACAUCUCCGAUGAUACACCCCCCCAGAGCUAUGCUAGUUUUCACCAUGAAGUGAGCAAGGAAUGGGGCUUCAAACUUGGUUCCAAAAUAGGCAUUCCUAUAACAUUAAUAUAUUGGGUAGCCUUCCUAUUGGAGAUGAUAAGUUUCAUGCUGUGCCCCAUUUUCACUUAUGAACCUCCCUUCAACCGCCACACGCUAAUGCUGACCAACUCUGUUUUUACCUUCUCCUACAAGAAGGCCCAGAAAGAUCUGGGAUAUGAACCUCGCGUCAGCUGGCUAGAAGCCAAGCAGAAAACCAGUCAGUGGAUAGGCACAGAGAUGGCAGACAAGAGAGAGUGUCUGAAGACAAAAACCUCCUGAUCUGGACACAUUUGGCACAUGGGGGGAGGGGGGGCAGAAGGUCAUAUAAUCACUGCUUCAGGCUCUCCCUUUAAGAGGGGCAUAUUGUCCAGUACCUCCCCUGGUUAGCAAACGCCAGGCUAUGCCUUGUAGGCAUCCCUUUCUUCCUUCCCACCCAAUGAAAUCCCUAGAAGAUAGGAUGAAAAAGGGAAAUGUGGGAGGCAGCUAGGUGGAGCAGUGGAUAAAGCACCGGCCCUGGAUUCAGGAGGACCUAAGUUCAAAUCCAGCCUCAGACACUUGACACUUACUAGCUGUGUGACCCUGGGCAAGUCACUUAACCCUCAUUGCCCCCCCCCAAAAAAAAAAGAAAGAAAGAAAAAGGGAAAUGAAAUUAAAUACAUGCUCAUUUAUGCACUUCAAAAGUGGGUUUUCAAAGCCAACCAUCUUUACUCUGAAGUGUCCAUGGUUUCCUGUUUCUUCGGUCUCUGCUCUACUUAUGGUGUAGAAGACUUGCACUUUCAAAUCCAUUUGCAUACUAAAUGGCACAAUAAAAUUAAUUCAUACUUAA